AUAUAAUAAUCAUGUUUAUAAAAUUAUUAAUUUUUUGUGGUGUCAAAUUGACGCCAAUAUUAUUUUUAUAAAUUACAAUCAACACAACAACUGAAUGAUUGAUAUAAAAUGGGCAGACAUAAUAAUCAGCUACCAGACAAUCUUCCUCAAUUGCAAAAUUUAAUAAAACGUGAUCCAGAGUCUUACAGAGAAGAAUUUCUUCAACAAUACAGUCAUUUUCAAUCAACCUUGGAAGUAUUUCGUUUGACACCAGGAGAAUUCAACAAAAGUCUUGAUGAAUCACUUAUGUUUCUUGCCCAGGUAGCUCAUUGCUAUGCUGAUGAUCUCAAAGGAUAUCCUCAGGAGAUUGUGGAGAUUCUCAAGGCACAUAAUACUAUUUUGGAUAAUAACAUGCGAAUGACAUUUUGCAAAACUUUGAUUCUACUACGUAAUAAAGAUUUAUUACAACCAACAGCUCUUUUGAGUUUAUUUUUCGAGCUAUUGAGAUGUCGUGACAAAGCACUACGUAAAUUUCUUCAAAAUCAUAUCAUAACAGAUAUUAAAAAUAUAAAUUCAAAGCAUAAAAAUGCAAAAGUAAAUACAACGUUACAAAAUUUCAUGUUUACCAUGUUUAAAGAUUCAAAUGAAAGAGCUGCUAAAAUGUCAGCUGACAUAAUGAUUGAAUUGUAUAAAAAAAAUAUAUGGAAUGAUGCUAAAACAGUUAAUGUCAUUGCAACUGGUUGUUUUUCACGAACAAUUAAAGUUGUUGUAACUUGUUUAAAAUUUUUCCUUGGUUCUGAUCCUGAAGAUGAAAAUAAUAGUGAUGACAGUGAUUCUGAGGAUGAGCCAAAUUACAAAGAAGUCAUGAUGGCUAAUAAAGUUAAUAAAAAAUCUAAAAAACGUGAUAAACAAUUGAAAAAAGUUAAACAAUUAUUUGUUAAAUCAAAAAAAAAAAAAUCAAAUGCACCAGUAUUUAAUUUUUCAGCAUUACAUUUGAUAUAUGAUCCACAAGGUUUUGCUGAAAAAUUAUUUAAACGUCAUAAACAAAUAAAUAGUAGAUUUGAAAUUAAAUUAAUGACACUUGAUGUUAUAUCAAGACUAAUUGGUUUACAUGAUUUAUUUUUAUUUAAUUUUUAUCCAUAUAUACAAAGAUUUCUUCAGCCACAUCAACGUGAAGUUACAAAAUUAUUACAAUUUAUUGCACAAGCAUCACAUGAGCUAGUACCACCAGAACAUCUUGAGCCAGUAUUAAAAACACUUGUUAAUAAUUUUGUAAGUGAAAGAAAUUCAGCAGAUGUUAUGGCAAUUGGUUUAAAUGCUGUACGUGAAAUAUGUUCAAGAUGUCCAUUAGUUAUGAAUGAAGAUCUUCUUCGUGAUUUGGCACAGUAUAAAAAUUACAAAGAUCGAAGUGUCAUGAUGGCUGCAAGAUCACUCAUUGGAUUAUUUAGAAAUACAAUGCCAGAUUUGUUGCAUAAAAAAGAUCGUGGUAGACCAACUGAAGCAACAAUUGCUAUUGAACCAUUAAAAUAUGGUCAAAGUAAAGCUAAAGAUUUUAUUCCUGGUGCUGAUGUUUUAUUGAAAGAAUUAAAUAGUGAUGAUGAUGAUUUUGAAAUUGAUAGUGAUGCUAGUGAUGAUGAUGAUCAAUGGAUUGAUGUUGAUCAUGAUGAUGAUAAUGAUAAUAAUGAUGAUGAUAAAGAAGAUAAAGAAGAUAAUGAUGAAGAGGAUGAAGAUGAUGAUAAAAAAAAAAAAGUAAGAUCAGCUGGUAAACCAUUGAAAAGAUUGAAAAAAGAAAAGCGAACAAAAUUAGACAGGAAAAAAGAAAAAGCAAUGAAAUUAGCAAGUAAAAAAGUUGAAAAAAAAGAAGAGUUAACUGCUGAAACAAAAGCUAAAGCAGCUCAAGUGUCUAUUGAAAAAAUAUUAACUGAUGAAGAUUUUAAAAGAAUUGAUUCAGAGCUAGUUAAACGUCAAAUGACAAAUGCAAAGAGAGGAGUUAAAAGACCAUUGCCAGAAGAAACACGUGGUGAAUUGGUUAAACUUGGAGAUAUUGAAAAUAUAUACAAAAAAAAGAAACAUGACAAACAAUCACGUAUGGAAAGUGUCAAGGAUGGACGUGAUGAUAGAGAAAAGUUUGGAUACAAAGAUGGUCGUCAAAAUCCAUUUUGCAGUAAAACAAAUAGAGAAAAGAAAAAGACCAAAGCUUUCCAAAUGAUUAAACAUAAAAAUCGUUCAAAAGUCAAAAGAUCUUUUAAAGAUAAACAAAUUUCAUUACGUAAUCAUCUUAUUAAGCAAAAGAAAAUGAAAUAAUUUUAGAUUUUCAAUUAUUGUUUGUUGAAAAAAAAUUAAUAAAAUGUUUAUUACUAAAAUUA